AGAGAAUUGUCAGAUAAAGCAUAAAACUGACACAUACUUACAUCUAAUCCACCCUCACACCAUCCACAAACAAACCUAAACAUGAAGGUCCCAAAUAUGAAUUAACAAACACAAACAAGAAAAAGACAAGAACAUAAUAAAGAAACAGAAAAGAGUUUUAAAUGGUAUGAUUAAUUAUGAGUCACAACAGAUGCAUAUUUACAUUCUCCUCCAUCUGCAUACUACAAACAGGACAGCUGUGAUUAAGCAGAAUAAUGUGUUAUUUUUUGAAACACUUAAAAUACAAAGUGAAGAAGUAAAAUGACCGUCCAAACUUUGCAGUUUACAGCUACAUGGAGAGAAUUCUUUAAAAAAUCAUAAAGAAAAAUCAGGCGAAACCAGACAUCUGACACCAAAACACCAAAGCUCAUGUAUGUUAAGCUAUGUGCAUGCCAGUUCUUAGGUACAAGGACCCAGCAGAAACAGAAACAAACAGCUCUCUCAUCUUGAGGCCUUCUCUUUCUGCCCUCCCACUUCCUCCCUCUAAGCCAUGUGCUGCUGUAGGAGGUGCUGGGAGGUGAUUUUACCUCAGCAUGUGUGUGUGUGUGUGUGUACACAUGUAUGUACGAAAAGAGAUUGAGAAAAGAUCACAGGCAAAUGCAGAGAGUAUCGUGAUGGGUUGAUCUUCGGAAAGCAUCUUACCAAAAAACCCGGAGAACAUGGAGGCGAAAAAGGUCCUCCAUUUUGUGCCAUCUGAUGCUCCAUCGACCGGGAGGUCCAAGAAUGGCUAUGUUUUCCAAGAGAUGGAACUGAAGGAUGGAGAACAGGAUGAUUGUGGGCAAGGUCCACCUGUCACUCACAAGGACCAAAUCUAUGACAACCAGAUCCAGAUCAGUGUUUCAGAUCCUGACUUUGCUGGGUGUGGGCUUUUAAACACAACAAGAAAAUAUGUGAAGCCAAUGAACUUCCAGGAGGAAGUGCGAGCCCACAGAGACCUGGACAGCUUCCUGGCCCAGGCAAGCAUCCUUUUGGAUGAGAAAGCUGCCACACUGGACGAAGUCCUGAGGCGAAUGUUAUCUCAUCUAGUGGAGGACGGCCGUGAGAGCUGCGAUGUGGAUGAGGUCAUGAACUCACUAUUCACAGACGCAGGAGGGAAGGAGUUUAAUGUUCACCUUCUGUCAGAGACCAUUCAGGGCGUGACUGCUACUCCCACUGGCAUUCGUUACCAGCAGUCCUGGCUUUGUAUUUUAUCAAACAUGAGGAGCCUGCAGAGACGUCAUGUCUGCAUCACUCGCCUGGAGAGGCCACAGAACUGGGGAGUCAACUGCUGUGAGGCUCGUUAUGUCAUCCUCAUCCUUGCCCCUCCUAGAACUAAAAGCACCAAGACGGCCAUUGAGCUCGGCAGAACAUUUGCCACUAUGUUCUCUGACAUGUCCUUCAGGCAGAAGCUUCUGGAGGCUAAGACCCAGGAGGAGUUCAAACAGGAGCUGGUCUACCAGCGACAGCAGCUCUCCGUUGUUGACGAGAAGCCGCCUGUAGAGGAAGUCGAGGACUCAGAUCCUCGUAGAGGGAAACCACUUCAGUGCAAAGAUUUCCUUAAAGCCGGCAAAGGUGUUUUUGAUGAUCUCCGUCGCAGGCUCCCCCUCUACCCCUCAGACUUCACAGAUGGCAUAACUGGGAAGGACCGCUGUCUGCUGAAGUACACUACCACUGCUAUUUUCCUCUACAUUGCCAUUCUGCUGCCUGCUAUUGCCUUUGGCUCACUGAAUGACGAAAGCACAAGAGGAGAGAUAGAUGUUCAGAAGACCAUAGUUGGCCAGAGCAUUGGAGGAGUGAUCUAUUGUUUGUUCGCUGGCUCACCACUUGUCAUUCCACUGACCACUGCACCACUGGCCAUCUUCAUAAGUGUCAUCAGGGGCAUCUGCGAUGACUACAACCUCGACUUCGAUGCUUUCUACGCCUGCAUCGGUUUAUGGAACAGUCUGUUCCUCAUCCUAGGAGGCUUGUUCAAUGUCAGUCUGCUGAUGAGACUCUUCAAACGCUCAACAGAAGAAGUCAUUGCAUUGUUCAUCUCCAUAGCAUUUGUCGGGGAUGCAGUGAAAGGCACCGUCAAAAUUUUUCAGCACUUCUACCAUGGGCCCACACUGGCGACCACAAACAGCACACUGGUGCUUCAGCAGAUUAAUGACAUUCUAGAGAAGAUGAAGAACCAGACGGGAAACCUGCACAGGGAUCAUAAUGAGACUGUGUCGCUGAUGGGACAUGGAGAAGGACAUGCGUUAGCAUACCUGCCUGAGUCUCUGGUGUUGUGCACAAGAGAGAGGCCCAUCCUCUGUCUGCUGCUCAUGUUGGGGACUCUGUGGCUGGGUUACGCCCUCUACCUCAUCAAGAGGAGCCCGUAUCUGAAUGACAGAAUCAGAGAGGUGGUGUCUGACUGUGCUUUGCCGAUCUCUGUGGUGAUAUUCUCCUUCAUUGGCUCCUACCUUUUCCUUGACAUACAGCUUCCAGUAUUCAGUGUCCACAAUGGCCCGAUCUUCAACUUCCCUCCAUUUGAAAAGCUGUCAGGAAUGAACACACUGAGUGCGGUCGGGCUGGGUUUUCUCCUAGCGUUGCUCAUUUUUAUCGACCAGAACAUUGUCAUCUCGCUCACACACGUGCCAGAACACAAGCUGCUGAAAGGCACAGCAUUUCACUGGGACUUAGUGCUGACUGGUUUCAUCAACAUCCUCAUGUCCUGUCUGGGGUUGCCAUGGAUGCACGCUGCCUUCCCACAUUCCUCCCUACACGCCCGUCAGCUGGCCAAAGUGGAACAGCACGUAGAGAAUGGACACCUCUACACGACUAUUGUCAGUGUGAAGGAGACACGUUGGACCUCGCUGGUGGCCAACAUCCUGAUCGGCCUGUCUGCAUUCAUGCUGCCCGUUCCUCUACAGUGGAUCCCCAAGCCAGUCCUCUACGGCCUCUUCCUCUACAUCGCCGCCACUUCGCUUGAUGGGAACCAGAUGGUGGACCGCAUGUGCCUGCUGCUUAAGGAACAGACGUCAUAUCCUCCCACACACUACAUCCGCCGUGUGCCUCAGAGGAAGGUCCACUAUUUCACGGGGGUGCAGAUGAUCCAGCUGAUCAUCCUCUGUGCAUUUGGGAUGUACCCUCUGCCCUACAUGAAGAUGGUCUUCCCCCUUCUGAUGAUUCUGCUGGUCCCCAUCAGGACCAGCCUGCUUCCCAAAAUUAUUGACGCCAAGUAUCUGGAUAUCAUGGACGCCCAACAUAUGUAGAACAACAAAGCAACCUUUUCUCCAGCUGGAAGGGAAACGAACUCAGAACUCACUGAUCGUGUUGUGUAACUAAAUGAAAUGCAUCUGGGCUGCAAGAUUUCGAUGCAAAUGUUCUGCUGGUGACGACAAUUUACACCCUAUUUGCUUUCUCACUGUUCAGCACACAUUUACUUUAAUACUGAUAUUCAACAUUCCCGCAUCUUCAUUGUACUGAACAAUACAAUCAUUGAGAUAUUUCCUCAGUUUUACUGUUUUUAUUUUUCUUCCGCACACACAUACACCGAUCAGUCUCAACAUUAAAACCAAUGACAGGUGAAGUCAAUAACAUUAAUCAUCUGUUUACAAUGUGAUGUUCUGUGGGGAAACCUCGGGUUCUGGUGAUCACAUGGAUGUUCUUUGACACACACCACCUAAACACUGCAGACCAAAUACCCCUCCAGCCCCAUUCCACGACUCUUCCUGGUAGCAGCAGCAGCAUCCCCCCCAGAUGGACAAUGUAUCCCAUCACAUUUCAAAAACAUUUCAGGAAUGUAUCAAGGACCACAACAACAGCCUGCACACUCCGCAGAUCGCAAAUGUGGGCUGCACCGGCUCCAUCCUCAAUGCACGAGACCCAAAGGAUCAAAUAUUCCGAUGCCAGUGACCACAGAAUCCACCCAGAGGUCCCGAGUCCCUUCACCUGCCAGGUCAGAGCAGCACAAGGGGGACCUACAAAACAUUAAGCUGCUAGUAUUAAUGUUGUAACUGAUCGGUGUACAUACACACACACACACACACACACACACACACACACAGCUCAUCUUGAGUUGGAAACUGAAAGGUACAUUAGUUAAAAUGAAUUUUCUAGUAUUUAAAAGAUAAUUGUAGCUAUUCAAUUUAAUUAAGGUAUUGUGUUGCUUAAUAGAGCCGCUUGGUCUGUGUCCUACUUAGGAAGGAGUCAUAUUGAUGAGUAAAUUAGGGAUGUGGCAGUUUCAGUGUUUUACGACCAUUAAAAUCAUUUGAGUGUGAGAUAAGGAGUUUCUAGAAUUUUUAGUAUAAAGGUAAUUGGUUCUGUGCAUUGCAUUAUUGGUAUUGAAUCAAACAAAGUAAUAAAGUGCUUUAAAGAGACACAAAUGAACACUCAUUAUACUGUGCCUCCUUAUUAUUAACACCCAAGGCAAACUACUCAACAUGCAUCACCAGUCAGUGAUAGUGUAGGUUACUGCCACUGCUCACCAAUCAUCACACACAGCACAGAAUCAGCAACAUGCCAUCCUUCACUGAGCCAAGGGGACUGACAGUUGUAAAGCUCUGAUUGUUAAUGGUGUCCAACAGAUGGCAGUAGAAGCUCAUCUUCAUGAUGGGUCGUGAUCAGUCUUGGUUGAUGAUAGAUGUGUGUACUCAUCAGUAAAAAAAAAAAAAAAAAAAAAAAAAAAAAA